AAAUAUUUUAAGAAUGAUCUUCGGUGAUGAAACUGGACCCAAGCAGUAUGGAGCCCCGACCGGUUCGGUUGCCGCUACUAUAAAGUCUAAGAUGGAAGGCGGAAAUAUCUUCGGCGAUGCAGAAAAAACCAGGAAGGACAAUAUCAGGAAUUUGUAUCAAGAACAACUCAAGCAACAACUUCAUGAGAAAAUGGCAGAGAAGGAAGCAGAAAAACAACGGAAAUUGAUUGAAGACCAGCAAGAAGAGGAGCGCAUCAGGAAAGACCUAGAAGAGCUCAAACAACAGUAUGCCAAAGAGAUGAAGGAAGAUGGCAAAGACAAGCCUCCAGAGCCCUUCGAUUUCGGAAAUGUCGAUAAUGGACCCAGAGAUAAUAAAAGUGUCUAUAGCCGGCCUCCUCAUAGAGAUUCAAGGAAAAGUGUUAGGAUCAAAAUACAAGACAAAAUAGAAGAGCCAAGGACAGCACACAAGAUACAGGACUACAACCACCCUUUGACUCAUGAUUACCAGAAUAAUAAACUUCAUUCGGACUAUGGCCACUCUUUAGACUCUGAUAUCGCUAGAUUAAGAAUGGAGGUCAACCUCCAGCACAAAAGUUUGAUCGAUCAAAUCAGUGCAUCUAAAUUCAAAGCAAAGCAAGCUGCUCAAGAAAGAGAUUUGGCCAGAAACGAUCUUGAUCGGCUGAUCGAAUCCAUGCGUAACAAGACAAAUAGGUACUAUAAACAUGAAAAGCCACUAAAUAACCUUAAGGAUGAGAUGAUGCAUGCCAAAUUGAGAAGUACAAGAGAUUAUAGGGGAUCUUCUCACUCAAGAAGGAACUUGGACACCUACUCCAAACUAUACUUCAAUGACUUCAAUACUCCAGCUGGGAGAGAGUUCAUUCACAAUGAUAAAGACCCGUUCAACAUCAAUGUUCCAGCCCCGUCUCAAUCGAGGAUGGGUGCAGGCUUACCAAGAACAGGCCAUGCAGGCAACUAUGGAACAGUUUUGAAUACAAAUUCUCAGACUGUAUCUUUCGGAGGGGCCGAAAAACCAGUCCAGAACUUCAGCAGACCCACGAUGGAUCCACUAUCCUACGGCAGAACCCAAUUCGAGAAGGAUGCAUCAAAUGCAAUGAACCAAAUUGAUGGCAUGAUCAACCCAGCGGAUGGGUAUGAAACCCAUGAAGCCAUGAAUAAGAGCUUAAACAACAUGCAGCCUCUCAGUAUGGAGGACGACCUACAAGCAGUGACUCAAUCAAUUCCGAUUGAAGAUCCACAUGAUAAGAUCCACAAUGAUGAUCUCCAACAGCUUGACAACGUCUUGGAGUCUCUUGGCAAUGCAUAA